AUGAGCUCGCCUCGACAGCAACGAAGAGAGAGCAACGGUAGACGACACUCGAUAGACUCUGCUACGUCUUUCAAGAGAAGAUCGGUCGUCGACUUUGCUGCAGAUGCAGGGGAUACACUUCGUAGAAAAAUUCUAAAAGGCAAGAAUCUACGGCAAGGAAAGAACAACGCUCUUGAAGCUGUUGACGAAGACAUGGCUUCCCAAUUCGAGACAGACAGCAUGUACGACGACGAUGACUUCGACAAUAUUCCGGGCAGAGUGAUCGAGCACAAAUGGAGACCGUGUAGAUUCAAAAAUGCUACUUUCUGUAUGGUCUGCGGAAAGCUUACUUCAUCUCUUGGAGAGUGUCCAGAAGAAAUACCAGCAGACAGCUUCAUUUUAAAAAAAGGACCUGGAGUGAGCAGAACUGGACUAAGAUGCCAAGUCUGCCUAAUGAAUAUACACAGCGACUGUCUCGAACGAUCUAAAGAAAGUUCAAUCGCACACACAUGUACCGGAAGACCAGAUCCUCGCUCAGGACAAUCACAUUUUAUUCGAGAAGGGAUUGGAAACUUUAACUUUUCUCGACAUCUUUCAAUAUGCGAACCGAAAUCAGCCCACAGGGACUCAAUAGUAUCUCAAAUGGACAAUAUGGCGCUGGAAAACAUAGACGACUCCUACAAAGUUCUGAAACAAGGGAAAGCACUUAGACUUGUUAAUACUGGAGAAGAUAUCCGCGCUGGAAAGAGUGCCAAGAAUUCUAUUGCCGAUCCAGUGUUUUGGAAAAGCCUUUUUUCGAGCAAGAGAGGCUCCAUCGCUCCAGACCCACUUGACGCCAUCAGAAGACCUAAGAAGGGUCUUUUUGGCGGCUUGAUGGGGUCACGAAACUACAAAGUUCCAAAAAAUCACGACAAAGAGCCUUACUGUGCUCUCUACGACUUCAAGCCCCGCGACAAAAUGGAUAUUUCUCUUCGACCUGGGGAUAAAAUUUAUGUCUGUGAUUCGAAGGACGACAACUGGUGGUUCGGUAAAAAAGAGCCUUCUGGUGCAGUUGGAUUCUUUCCAGCUAAGUUUGUCAUGAAAGUAGAAGAAACCGAAAAGCCCUUUAUCGUAACUAAACAUUGCUACGGAAACUCGAAGCGAAAGGAGCUAAAGGCAAAGGAGAAUACAAUUGUCGUUGUGAAUUUCGCCUCACCUAUCAACCGCGAAGACUCGCUUUUCGUACGGUCACUUGAUGGCGAAGGUUUCGUCCCCAAAAAUUCUAUCCGUUCUCUCUGA